UCUACAGACUCGUCACAGACACGAUUUUACAGGGUCUCAAUUGCGUCUGUCAUUUGUGAUUUUAUUUUCAUUUGAGCUCCAUGAAAUUCUCCAAUUUUUGUACAAUUUCCGCGUUGAAAAGUUCCGUGGGUGUUUAGUUGUGUGGUGGCAUCCACGAUCAUAUUUGUGACCUAUUUGUCAGAGGUCGAAGGGAGGAAUGAGUUGGCUACGAUCGAGUCCACUUCGGCAGAGCUUCACAAACUCCACCCGUUCCGGAGGCAUGAAUCUGGAGAAUGCCACAGAGCUCGAUCCGGGAGCCUGCUAUGACAGCUUCUGCAAGCACUGGCAGCAGGCGAACGAUUUGAUCCAGCGCUCCGAGGGUACCAGCGUGCCGUCGCAAGACGACAUCCUCGGCGUGGUGAAUCACCUGGAUCAGAUGGCACAGCUUCUGCUGGUGGAGGUGUUGGACAGCAAUAGUUUAUUUACGCCAAUGCCACAGCCCUACAACCAGCAGGGUCAGAGCCAACCACCAGCGCCUUGCCUUGAGUACUUGCUCAGCAAGAACAUCCUCAACAAACUGUUCGAGUGGGGAAAAUCCACGGGUAGAUAUGCAAAUGCCGUCCUUCUGGAGCAGCUGAAGUUCUAUGAGCAGCUCAUGAAGCGUUCACGCCAUCAAUUGCUCGUCCAUGAGCCAUUUCUGCGACCUCUGUUGAAAAUUCUUGCCUCCAGCCACGGUGAAAUCUUUCCCCCGGACGUCGCGAAGCGCUUUGUCAUUCUCCUGCAUCAAUUAUGCGUGAUCCUCAUGCAGAAUGCCCAUCUGUUGGAUCUAUUCUUCGUCUCAGGACAGACACAUGAGCAUGGACAGGCGUGCUUCAUCAUCUUCUCCCUUCUCAUACCGUACAUUCAUCGAGAGGGUGUUUUGGGCCACAAAGCACGCGAUGCCCUCCAUCUUUGCAUGGCCCUAUCGCAAAAGAACGAAAACGUGCGCACGUACAUCGAACAACAUUCAUCAGUGUGUCCGGUUCUGGUGACUGGACUCGGUGGUCUCUAUUCCCUCCUGCCCACGACAAUUGAAACGAACUCAGCGGGCGAUUGGCAUCGCAUCACGCCGGAUGAUGUUGCCGAGAUCAAUGAGUUGACACUCUUCAUGAGCUCACUGGAGUUCUGCAAUGCGGUGGUUCAGGUGGCACAUGAUCUCAUCAAGCAUCAACUAUUGGAUUUCAUGUAUCAAGGUUUCGUUGUGCCUGUUCUGGGUUCAACACUUUUGCAGAUAUUCAAUGGCAGUCCUUUGCAGACAAAUAUCGAAGCACAAAUAUCCACAAUGGCGUAUUUUGAUUUAAUUCUGCGCUCUGUUACGGAGCCUGGACUUCUUAAUAUCUUCAUAAAAUUCCUCCUGGACGAGGAGAAGUUUGACGGACAGAGGAUCAUUGAUAUCCUCGUGGAGAGGAUCAAUUCAACGGACACGAGGCUGUGUUUGAUCUCCCUGUCUGUGUUUGAUACUCUGCUGUCGCUCAACAAUGAAGAUAUCGUGGUGGAGCUGGUCCUAAAGUACUUGACACCUUGUCAACAUAUUCCAACAUCUUAUCGUCAUACAAUCAACAAAUUCAGCGCCUUGGCGGACUCUGCGGAGAACUUUCUGGAAUUAUCACCAGAGAUAAUGAAGCAUGUCAGUCAUAAAGGCAAGAAUUCAUCUAAUCCAAAUGCCCCAUCAGAGUCACCAAAUCGGCCCAUGAGCAAUUACCAGUGGAAUCACUAUAAUUUGCACACGGAUGACACCCUAUAUUCGAAUUACUAUGCGUAUCUAUUUGACGUGCGCCACAAGAUAUCACUGUGUAGAAAUGCAUGUGAUCAGUGGGAGAAUCGCUACAAGUACCAAAAUGUUUCAUCGCCCAAGAGGACGCAGAACACAGAACAUCUCAUUGAAAUCAUUAGGAAGUACGUGACGGAGUUCAAAAUUGAGAAUUGCGCGGAUGAGAAGGUGAAGCACGACAGUUUGCAGUCGCUUGCGGAGAGCAGUGGAUAUGAAAGUUUCCGGGAGAGGCCAGAGGAUGAUUUAGCGAUUGUGGCGAAUGGUGAUAAUCAUACAGAGAUUGGCAAUACGAGAAAAGUGUGGAAAGAGUCGAGAAAUUUCAGUGAACAAGAAGUCGAGUUGAAUUUCUCAGAGGAUCUUUUCACUCAGGGAACUGCUCAUUUAGGUUCCUUUUUAGGUGCAAUAUUUGGCAAACUGCAGACAUUCACGAGCAACAAUUUGUAUAUAAAUCUUCACUUGAGUGGCUUGAUAAGUCGACUCUCGUGGUAUCCAUUUCCGCUCAUUCAGUCCAUAUUUCUGCGCUUUGACAUACCAACAACGACUGAUAUUCCAUCCUUCUACCAAGUGCUGCAGAUACUGAAGCAACAACUCGAUGCUGAAUUGCCGGUGAACAACGAAACGUUGGAAAUUGUGGAGAAUGCCAAAGCAUUCCUGCUCGAGCGUGAAUAUCGUCUAGUCAACCAGAGGAAGAACACGAUUGAUUCGAAUGCACAAGCCACGGAGGGCAGUCACAAUACUUCCGCCACAACGACCGUGAGUCCUCUGAGUUCCCUAUACGAUCCAUUCAAGAGGCAGGAUUCCACGCGGAAAAGCAUAAGACAGAGUUUUUCCAGCAUCUUUCGCCGUCCCAGUGCCUCAGCCGUCGCAGGCAUAAUUCAACUAAAAUCAUUCUUCCUCGGUAAUUCGUCUGGGAACAGCAUCAUGAUGAAGGAGACUGCAGAGCCUCAGUCACUGGACUCGUGGUCAUCAUCGAACUCUUCAUCCACGACGACAGCAUCGAAAAGCAAUGGUCGCACCAAAGACCUGGCAAUAUGUGCAGUAGUUCUCGAUGAGUGGCUGAAGGAGCUGUCAGCCAUUUCUCAGGAGCAGUCAAUUCUGAUGAUUCCGUGAUCAUCGCAAACGUUCUUGUUUUAUCCUCAAUUUUCCUGCGUGCUCAAAAUAUCCUUCAGCCGAAAGACAUAGUCUUCAGACGUAGUUUUACAUAAUGAAAUUAUUUUAUUGAGAUGAUAACCAAAUUGUUUUGUUAUUUGUCAUUUCAUGAUAUAUCAAUAUUUUUCUUGUCUUUGUACAAAAAAGAAGUCUGUGACAGAGAGAGACAUUGUGUGAGGAACAAAAUAUAAAGGAAGAAAUUUUCAUAUUUUCACUGUGGUCUUUGUAAAUUUGCACGAGAAAGAGUUGCAUUAUAUUUGAAACGCAGUUAAUUGCAAUCUUAACAUUAUUCUGUUUGAUAUUUUCAGUACAAUUCUCUGCUGAAAAUUAUGUGACAAAAGAGCCAUUAAUUAUCUCACUGAUAUUGUCUGAACAGCAGAGAGAGACACCUCAAAGGACAUAAGGAAUGCUGCAGAGAUCUAUUUAUAAUUGCCGCGAGAUUGAAUGGGAAGAAAUAUAAAAUUUGUCGUAGAACAAAGCGAUAGCGAGUCUCGAGUGAGAAUCACUGAUCUCUGAGAGAAUGACUCUUGAAAAUCGCAAAUGUGCAACUAUUCGGCACAGGGUGUUCUAUGCGCUCAAAGAGCAUUGAAAUGGAAAAUGCAACUCAUUUUGCUGCGAGAAAAGUGAAGUGUUUUCUCAGCACAAUCACCCGCUGCCGAUAAAUAAGGG